CCGGCGCCCCCAAACCCCCUGUUUGCAGCCGCACCCGGUUCGUUCACCACUGGAGACCGUGCACUCGGGCCCAAGUCAGCGGUCAGAGAAGCAAGAGGCCUCGGCUGUCUCGAUGCCGCCCCAGGGUCCCGGGCUGGGCCCCGCCGAGACGCAUGGGGAGCAGCCGAGAGGACCUCCCCGCACGGGGCCAGCAGGGCCAGAGCGCAGACCACCCGGACGCGGCCGCGGCUGCGCUCCCGGAGGAGCUCCCCGAGCCCAAGGACGAGAAGCAGCCGGUCGGCGCCGGGCAGGGUCCCCUCUUCUACAUCGGGGGCUCCAACGGGGCCUCCAUAAUCAGCUCCUACUGCAAGGGCAAGGGCUGGCAGCGCACGCUGGACGGCCGCUGCCCGGACUACAAGCUCAAGUGGUGCGAGGUCAAGAGCCGGGACAGCUACUGCAGCUUCCGGGAAGGGCAGCAGCUCCUGUUCCAGCUCCCCAACAACAAGCUGCUCACCACCAAGAUCGGGUUGCUCAGCGCCCUGCGGGAGUACGCGCGGGUCUCCAGCAAGAUCCACCAACCGGCACCCUGCCUGCAGGCCAAGGCCCUCAGGAUGGAGGAGUUUUUCCCAGAGACCUACCGCCUGGACAUGCGGGAGGAACGGGAGGCCUUCUGCACGCUGUUCCGUGAGUCACAGCUGUGGAUCUGCAAACCGACAGCCGCGAACCAGGGCCGAGGCAUCUUCCUGCUCCGGAGCCAGGAUGAUGUGGCCUCCCUGCAGGCCAAGGCCCAGAGCAGCGGGGAUGACCCCACGUUCCACAGGAUGCCUUUCCGGGCGCCCCAGGCCCGGGUCGUUCAGAGGUACAUCCAGAACCCCCUGCUGCUAGACGGGAAGAAGUUUGACGUGCGCGCCUACCUGCUCAUUGCCUGUGCUGUGCCCUACAUGGUGUUCUUCGGCCACGGCUACGCCCGCCUCACCCUCAACCUCUAUGACCCGGACUCGAGCGACCUCAGUGGUCACCUGACCAACCAGUUCAUGCAGAAAAAGAGCCCCCUGUACAUGCUGCUCAAGGAAGACACAGUCUGGAGCAUGGAGCACCUCAACCACUACAUCAACAGCAAGUUCAGCAAGACCCCCGGCCUGCCGCGAGACUGGGUCCUCACCACCUUCACGAAGCGAAUGCAGCAGAUCAUGCUCCACUGCUUCCAGGCUGUCAAGUCCAAGCUGGAGUGCAAGCUGGGCUACUUCGACCUCAUUGGCUGUGACUUCCUGGUGGAUGAGAACUUCAAGGUGUGGCUGCUGGAAAUGAACGCCAACCCCGCACUACACACCAACUGCCAGGUCCUCAAGGAAGUGAUCCCGGGCGUGGUGGCAGAGACCCUGGACCUGGCGCUCGAGACCUUCCACAAGAGCCUUCUUGGCCAGAAGAUGCUGCCGCUGCGCUCCCAGCGCCGCUUCGUGUUACUGCAUAACGGGGAAGCCGAGCCUCGGCCGCGCCCCAGGGGCGCUCGCCCCCCACCCCGCGCGCCGCUUGCCGCCCUCCGGGCUCUCGAAGGCACCCCGGGAGGGGAGUCCGGAAACCUGGGCGUGGCGGAGGCGGAGCACGAGGGCCGCAAGCGCGCUAGCCCGCGCGGCUCCUAGGGCGGGCGCCCCUGGAACCAUAAAGGCUACUUUGCUACAA